AUGUUGUCGGGAGAGCGAAGGUGGGGUCCUACUUCUGCAAGAAGGGGUAGCAUGACUAGUUUGGGGAAAGUUGCAGUUCCAAAACCUUUGAACUUACCCAGUCAAAGGCUGGAAAAUCAUGGGCUGGAUCCUAAAGUGGAAAUUGUUCCCAAGGGCACUCUUAGCUGGGGAAGCCGCUCUUCUUCCUCAGUUUCUAAUCCAUGGGGUACCUCUACAAUGUCUCCAAAUGCUGAUGGUGGUACCUGUUCACCUAGUCAUCUCAGUGGUCGCCCUUCAUCUGGAGGAAGUGGAACUCGACCAUCAACCGCUGGUAGUGAUAAAACACAUGAACCAACUGAUAGUGCAUGGUCUUCAAAUUCUAGACCUUCUUCUGCUUCUGGGGUAUUGUCAUCAAAUCACACUUCAGUGACAUCAUUGCGUCCUAGAAGUGCAGAAACCAGACCUAAUAGCUCACAUCUCUCGAGGUUCGCAGAACCUGUCUCUGACAGUUCGGUGGCUUGGGGUCCAAGUAGUACUGCAGAGAGAUCGGGAGUGAAGUGCUCCAAGGAAGACGGGUUCUCUUUGAGUUCUGGGGAUUUUCCAACACUUGGUUCAGAUAGAGACGAUGGGAAGAAUUCUGAAUUGCAAGAUCAUGGCCAUGGCCGUCCUAGCUCAGCUUCUGGCAGAAUAGCUCAGACAAAAGAGAAAACCACAUCUCAGGCUGAUGAUGCUUCUUUGAGUUUGGAUGUCAACAGUGGAACUGUUAAGACAUUGAAGAGAGAUGGUUCCAGAAGUGCAGAGAAUGACAUCCAUCCCAACAUGGAGAAGUGGCAAGGGAAGCCACGACAUCAUUUCAAUGCUAAUGUUCCCUCUCAGAAUUUUGAUGCAUGGCAUGGUCCUCCUAUAAAUGCUCCAGCUGGUGUUUGGUAUAGGGGUCCUCCUGGGGGACCCCCAUUUGGACGCCACAUUGCUCCCAGUGGCUUUUUUAUGGAACCAUUCCCUUACUAUCGUCCCCAAAUUCCACCUCCAGCUUUAACAGGUCCACAGCCAGUUCUUUCACCAGGGACCAAUCUUCGAGGACCCCAUCCAAAAAAUGGAGAUAUAUAUAGGCCUCAGAUGCCUGAUGCCUUUGCACGUCCAAGUAUGCCAUUUCGGCCUGGUUUUUACCCUGGACCAAUGGCUUAUGAGGGUUAUUAUGGACCCCCAAUGGGCUAUUGCAACACCAAUGAACAAGAAGUUACACAUAUGGGAAUGGCAGUGGGCCCCCCAGUUUAUAAUAGAUAUUCAGUGCCGAGUACUCCUGAUCAUGGAAAGUCCCAUGGCAGAGCUGGUGGGCAUAGUUCUAGUGGUAAAGAAUUGCCAGAACAAGUGGAAGCUGCUCAUUUAGAUACUAAUCAAGUAUCACACAAAGUUCUUUUAAAGCACUAUGAUGAAUGGGAUGAGGAGGAAGGAGAGAAUUGGGAAUGCAAUGAUUCAUCCAGUGCCUCCUCAAGCGCUGGAAAAGGUGGCCAACCUGUGAUGUCAUCUCGCAAGAAUGAGAGUGGGGCUGAUAAUGACACAAGAGAUGUACACCCCAAGAGGACACUGAUUGGUGAGAACUGUUGCCCCAGUUUUAACUAUGGAGGUCAUUCUUCAGGCGUUGUCAAAGUCAAGUCACUUGAAGGUAUGGGCAAUAUGAACGUAGUCAAUGACAGUGAUACUAAGAAAUCAGAAAUUUCAUCAUCUUUUCCUCCAGAUCCAGAAAUACCGAAGCAAUCCAUGGGUAUUGAGGGAGGUUUAUCUUUGCCAGCUACGACAAAAGGGUCAGAUUUGAUGCAGAAAAUUGAAGCUUUAAAUGCAAAAGCCCGUGCUUCUGAUGGACGAUUAGAUGUUCCCUAUUCUUCUAGUAGGGUAGAGCAGAGGAAUAGGUCUCAAGUUGUUGAUGCUAGGAUUAGUAAUUCUUCUGUUGAAGUUGGUAACACUGGUGAUGGAUUUUUUGAAAGGACUCCUGCCUCCAAUGAAGUCCGUGUUCCAGCAGGGGAUAAGAUGUCUCAACCAACAACUGUUUCGUCAAGGAGAACUUAUCAUGGUGGACAAGGUAGAAUUGACCAUCGUGGUAAAGGAAAGUUCACCAGUCAGCAUGCUGAUGAGUGGCAAAAGAAGCCUCCAACUGCGGAAUCUUCUAGCAUGAUUGUAGCUUCAAAUGUUGACCCUAAAUCUAAUAUUCAUGGAAGUGGCCAUAAUUUUGUGGUAGAAGCUGCUCCAAUUCCUUUGAUCAAUCUCUCAGGGAAAGAGGGAGAAUCUUUGACAGAACUAAAUGAUUCAGCUGAGAAUCAGGCACAGCGUGCAAAGAUGACAGAACUAGCAAAGCAACGUGCCUUGCAACUACAGAAGGAAGAAGAAGAAAGGAUGAGGGAGCAGAAGGCCAAGGUUUUUGCUAAAUUGGAAGAAUUGAAUCGGCGAACACAUGCAGGUAAAGCUGAGACUCGGCAGGAUGACAAGACUCAGGCAGUUGGUGCCGUCCCACAUGAGCAAGGAGAAGCAAUUGCACUUUCUGAUCCACUGGUGGUUUCAUCCAAGUUUCAAUCAUCCAGCCCCACUUUGGCCUCAGAUGCUGAUUUUGUUGCUGAGGUCAGAGAUAGCAGUGCCAGACAGACAGAAGAAUCUGCUAAUAUGCUCAGAGAUUUACCCUGGAAGAGCCCACAAACCCAAUCUAGUGAUGGAGGCAUCUCCAGGCAGGAGUGGAUGGGCAAUAAGCAAAAGCAGGGUGUGCCACAUAAGAAUUGGAAUGAAAACCAAGAUUUAAAUUAUGCACGUGAGGCACCAAAAAGCCUUACUGAUGUAUCUUUGAAUGAUGUUAAAGCGACAGAGGUUAAUUCAAGUGAAGUCAGACGUAGUAGCGAGUCAAAUGCAGCCAAUGUUGGUAAUAUCAUUUCAGGGCCCCCCACGCAGCAGAGAAGGAGAAGUAACAGGACUAGCAAGAACAAACAUAAACUGGACAAGGCUUCCACAAUCCCAACUUUACCAUCAGUAACGCCAAAGGACAAUAAUUUUGCGAAAGAGUCCACUGAAAUUGACAAGUUCAAGACUUCUUUGCCGGGUGCUACAUCUGAUGGAGUGCAGGCUCCAGAGGCGCACUCAUCUUUUCCUAAUGAAGAAGCUGACAGCAGUGUGGGCAACCAGUGGAAACCUCACCACCACAGCAGAAUGCCAAGAAAUCAACAGGCAAAUAGAUUCAUGGAUAAAUUUCAUAGCAAUGACACUGUUAUGUGGGCGCCUGUGCAUUCACAGAACAAAAAUGAGGGUGCAGUUGAAACAAGUGAAAAAUCUAUACCUGAAUCUUCGAGUCCAGCAAAAACUGAUACUAUUGCUCAGAAUAGUUUGAAAAGUAAGAGGGCUGAAAUGGAGAGAUAUGUUCCAAAGCCUGUGGCCAAGGAGCUGGCUCAGCAGGGAAGUAUUCAACCCAUUACAUCUUCAGCCAGUCCAUCUGCUUCGGAUGAGGCUAGUGGGAGAGCAACACCUGGAUCUGCUGGCUCUGGAAGUCUGCAACCUAUCAGCUCAGCUACUGGUAUUGUUGGAUCUGCUUUAGAGUUCAAGGAGGGUGGUGGCCGGCUUAAUAAACAGGGAAAAACACACGGAACGUGGCGCCAACGGAGUUCAACAGACUCAUCACACUCGAAGGGUAUGCGUGAUGGGUCAUCUCUUAUAUCUGACCCAAGCAAGGAUGUGCAGAAAAUAACAGACACAAGUAUAUUUGUGAAGUGUGAAAUAAAUUCAGUAAAAGCUGAAGCAAAGGCUCCGAGCAAGAUCAGUGCCUCUGAUACCUGGAACAUGUCCGCUAGUACUGGCAUAGCUGCAGUGGGCAAAUCGCCUGCUGCGAAAGAUCAGGGAGUAACUGGUAGAGGAAAGCAGCAUUCUCCUAAGGGCCAUAGUGGCAUGGAAAAUAAUGAUUAUUCUGAUCGCGAGAAUAAUAUUAGAGGCGAAACUCAUAGAGGCUUUGUUCAAUCUGCAGCUUCUGAUGUGAACCAAACCGACAGAACUAUUGCUUCAAAAGAGAUCCGUAGCUCAGGGGAGCGGCCUUUACAUCAUUGGAAACCCAAAUCUCAUUCAGCUAAUGCUCAACAUGGAAAUAGAAGUUCCCAGCAUAGAGUUCCUGACCGAGCGGUACAUGAUGAGAACAGUGAUCUCAAUGAACCUCAGUCUGUCUCUGGAAGCAAUAUGGUCGAGCCACCAAGUGUAGGGGAUAAUGACGAGUUCUGUAGAGAAAGGAAGCGUGUUCCAUCAAGAGAAUGUCCCUAUUCCCCAAACCAAGUUUCUGUUGGAGCAGGUGAACCAGCUCCUGCCGCAAAUGCACAUGAACGCAAUUUUUCCUUGGGGUUCAGGAGGAAUGGGAAGCAGAGUCGGCCAGGCCAUGAAUCUCAUGGAGAUUGGACCUCAGGGCAAGAUAAUAGGCAACACAAUAUACCUGCUGUUCGGGGAAGACGGGGGCAGCAUGCGCAUUAUGAAUACCGGUCAUAUAAGACCGGCAAACGUGAUAACCUUGAUGGGCCAGCAGAUGGAUUGAACAAUUUGGGCCCAAGAUACAGGGAAAGUGGCCAGAGUAACCCAAAGCGUGGAGGAAAUUUCUAUGGUCCACAAGGGCAGCCAUCCAUAGAAUGUGUCGUGGCUUUGAUUAGGCAAGUUUUCAGGAAUAGGACCGGGGAUCUGCUGAGGAGGGUAUUUGGUAGUAGUGCAAAUGCAAUUGCCUCCCUGUAUAGUAACAUUCCAAAGAAUGAACUUGGAAGGCAAAAUAGUGAUAUAGAUGAUGGAAGGGGCUGCAGCUGUAGCCUGGCUCGAAAUUGCCUAAUGGAAAAAGGUCCAUCGAAAAACCCUGAUUUCACCAUAUUUACGAUUACUUUCCUCUAUCCAAAUCUUCAUCCUCUUCUCUCAGCAAAAAAAUCUUAUCUUAAAGAAAUCAAUCAAACGGAUAAAGCUAUCGGAAGAAUUCCAUCUAUACGCGCUCCCUUAUAUCAUUUUCACAGAAUUUGUCGUAGUGAGGAAAAUGCGAAUUUAGUACUAUGUUUUAAGGUUGACAAGAAAAAUUUACUGCAGAGGCACCAUAGUUUAGGUCUUCUGAAAUCAGAAGUAUCUCCUGAAAUUGAGAUCAGGGCAUAUGCUGUGUGUGUAAAAAUAGUGUCCCUUGGCAUGAGCCAUGAAGUGUAUGCUCCAGCCUCCAAGCCUAAAAGCCGUGUGUCCCUGUCAUUGCUCCCCGGAGAUUCUCGAUCGGCAGCCUUGUGA